GGCCGGCAGACGCCCGUGAGCCCGGGCGUGCUCGCCGUGAGUCGCGCGGCCAGCGGCCUCCGUGCGGUGGGUGCCCCCUGACCCCGCCGGGCUCCCCUAAGCGUCUGGGGCUCCUGAGAAGUGUGGCGAGGUCCCGGGCCUGCGACGGUUCGCUGGGGAGUGCGGAGGCGGCCCGGUGCGCGGCAGGGAUGGGCGCGGGGGCGCCGCCCUCGAGUGAGGCGGAGAACCGGGCUCUCUCUGUGUAUUUCAGGAUUGGGAACCCAUGCCACAUUCACCUGCUCAACUGAGGAAUUACCAUGCCAGGUAAAGCGAAACAAGGAAAAGGCCCGGACAAAUCUCAGGGGAAGAAACAGAAGAAACCAGAAGUGGACAUUCUCAGCCCAGCCGCCAUGCUGAACCUCUACUACAUCGCCCACAACGUUGCUGACUGCCUGCACCUGCGAGGCUUCCGUUGGCCAGGUGCUCCCAAAUCAAAGAAGGGGACAAACAAGACUUAAUGGCGUUUUUCACGGAGAGCGGAACUUGGGGAAGAGAAAUCAGGAUAACACAACUACUGCAAGCAAAAUAGACUUUGCCGAAGACAACCUGAGACGCAAGCUAAGUGUGCUUUUCUGUGGUAGUUAAUGAUAAAGAAAUGCAUUUUACUUCCCAGCUAAAUUCAGCUAUCGUUAGUCAACUUGGUUUUUCAGAAGAAGUUAAGGGGGAAAAAGAGUCGGAGUAAUUCCUACUCGGGAAUUGUGCGGUGGAAUUGGUAGGAUUUUUUAAAUUAUUAUAAUUCUGGGUCAGAAUUAAACCUCAUUCCCAAAAGGCA